UUCAGUUAUUCACAGUAAUUCGCGAACAUGGUUUAGCACAAUUCCUUCACUCUACAGAGCAAGCAACACCAUUUCCCAACCAUCACAAUUGGCAUCCCACCAGAAAUAUGCGCAGAAAUAAAGCACCACUGCGCUAGUGUUGGGCAUGAUUGCAUUGCAUGAAUGACAUGGCUAAGAAGAGUAACAAUGCUGCUGCUCUUCUCGUUCCCUUCUUGUUCUCCUUGAUCUUAGUUUUGGUGAUUGCCAUCUCGCUUUCCUACGAUAAAGUGAAUCGCAUCCUCCCAAUUAGCACUCUCGAGCACCAAGAGCAAGAGGCAAUGAUGAGAAGCAGUACUGUGAGCGACGAAUCUAGCACAGAGUCGGAGGGCUGUGACUUGUUCUCCGGGAGGUGGGUUUUCGAUGACGAGAGGCGCCCAUUGUAUUCGGGAUUACAGUGCGAGUACAUGCAUGAUGAGGUAGCUUGCGAGAAGUAUGGCCGGAGGAAUCUCAAGCAUCAGCAAUGGAGGUGGCAGCCAAAUGGAUGCGACAUCCCCAGGUUUGAUGCUGGCAAAUUUCUGACAAGAUUAAUAGGAAAAAGAAUUGUGUAUGUGGGCGAUUCCCUCAACCGGAAUCAAUGGGUAUCAAUGGUGUGCAUGGUGGAGUCUUUUAUAAGCAGUGAGAGCAAAUCUAUGAUCUAUAAUGGCUCACUGAUGUCCUUUAGAGCAAAGGAUUUCAAUGCAUCGAUUGACUUCUACUGGUCUCCUUUGUUGCUAGAAUCUAACUGUGAUGAUCCAGUGAACCACAGAAAGACAAACCGCAUCAUGCGGGCGAAUUCGAUCGAGACGCAUGCUCGACAAUGGGCAGAUGCGGAUAUACUCGUGUUCAACUCUUAUUUAUGGUGGAAACAGCCUGGGAUGAAGAUGAAGGUCUUGCAUGGAUCGUUUGAGGAUGAGAUCAAGAAGGUAGAGGAGUUGGAGAUGGUAGAGGGCUUUGAGUUAGCACUCAAGGAAUGGUCCGGUUGGCUCGAAUUGAAUCAGAACCCCAAUGCCAAGCUUUUCUUUGUCAGCUUGUCACCAACACAUGUUUGGGGAGAUGAGUGGGGUGCAGCAAGCAAUCAAAAUUGCUACAAUGAAACAGAACCAAUUCACAGAGAAGGGUAUGCAAGUAGAGGAUCAGAUCACAAGAUGUUGCACAUGGUUGAGAACACCAUCAUGAAAAUGAGGCGAAAAGGCCUAAGCGUGCAGUUACUUAACAUAACUCAGCUGUCAGAGUAUCGAAAAGACGGGCAUCCCUCCGUUUACAGAAGAUAUUGGGUUAAUCUAACUCAAGAACAACUUGCCAACCCUACUAGCUAUUCGGACUGCACACAUUGGUGUCUUCCAGGAGUUCCUGAUGCAUGGAAUGAGCUCCUUUAUAGUUACAUUGUUUUGUAAACAGGAUGUAAUUUCUACCUAUUUUUCCUGCUCAAUUGAAGCAACAACAGAGUUUCUUAGAAUA